CGGCCCGAAUGCGCGCGCGGCCCCCUCCCCUCCCCUCCCCGCCCGGCCCGCGGGGCUCCGACCAACGGUCGCCGCGGAAAGGCGGCGGGACCGGACCGGAUCGAGCCGGAGCGGGUCGGGGCGGACCGGACCGGACCGGAUUAGAGCGGAGCGGAGCGGAGCCUCCCCGCGGGCACCGCCUGAGGGGUGCCUGGUUUACCUGCUCCACGUAGCAUUAAUCUCCUAUCGGGGGCUUUUCAAUGAAGACUCAAUUCGGAAAUAAACACGUCGAAACUGAACGCUGAGGUAAAUCGCUAGCGCAGGGGAGGACUAGCGUUGGCGUGGCUAUAGGGUGCGUGCUGCGAGCAUGCACCCGAAGCAGCCCGUUACCGCUAAAUGCAGCCCUUUGAAGCAGCCCGUUACUGUUAAACGGAUCGCUUUAUGGCUUCCCGGAGGCUGGAACACGGCUGCGGUGUGAAGCUGCCUGAGCCCUGCACACUCCUCGGCCCCUGCAGCCACCCGAUGAAUUGUAGCGCUUCGGUGAAGCCGCGCGUUUUGGAUGAUGGUAGUUCCUGGGAGCGCCCCGCUCAUACAGCAGGAUCAUGCUCUGGAGCCUGGCUUAGGGCGAGACUCGACGGAGAAUUCUGCCAUGGGCCCCGACACGGAGCCAGCAUCCGAGGAGGUCGGCCCAGAGCUGGAGGAGGUGCGGAAGCUGCAGGAGCUGGUGCGGAGGCUGGAGAUCCAGAAUCAGCACCUAAGAACGAGGAGCCGCAGGAGUCUGCUCGGGACCACGCCAAGUGAGGUCCACACCAGCGUGGAUAACCAUGACUCUGGUCUCAAUGGGAUGGAAAUAAAUAAUAGCAUCAAUGCUAUAACUGAGAAGCAGGAGUUGCAAAUAAUGGCAGAUCUGCACAACAAGCUAAGCAAAAUCAGGAAGGAGGAGGGAGAGAACAAUUGCUUAAAAAAAGACAAAGAUGCCCAAAUGCAGUAUAGUUGUAACAGUGCCACUGAGGGAUUGUCUUCCAACACGUACAAGGCGGAAAUGAAGACUGAUGAUAACGUUAGGCGUUCUUCACGUAUGGAUGGGAGUAAUAGCACAGAGCUUAUGGGAAACUUGGUCGUUGCUGGUAUUGAUUCCUCAGUUAAAAUACAUGAACAAAAUCCAAACGAAAACUGCGGAGAUGUAGAAAGUCUUUUGAAUAACACAGCUCUGGAUGAAGUGAAAGUGUUAGAACUUGAGAACUGCAAUGAGGAGGAAGAUAGCUGGCUGUACGUGUCCCCGAGAAAAUCUGCCGCAGACCAGAAAACGGGCUCACCUUUAAAAUGGUGCCGCCAGGUGUUGGACAACCCCAGCCCUGAGACAGAAGCAGCCUGCCGAACUCUGAUAAACAGGCUGGAUCAAGGUUACUUGAGCAUGCAUUCUGCGCUGAGCUCUCAGUCAUCUGUGGACAGUGAGCUGAGCACAUCUGAUGACUCCAUCUCUAUGGGAUACAAACUGCAGGACUUGACUGAUGUCCAGGUUAUGGCACGCCUUCAGGAAGAAAGUCUCCGUCAGGAUUGUGCCUCUAGCUCUGCUUCCGUAUCACGUCGCAGUUCCAGCGCCUCCCUUCACUCCCUGCGAAGAGGAACCUACAGUGACCAGGAGUUCGAUACGUACAGCCUUGAGGAUGAGGAUGAUUAUGACUGUUCCCUGUCAUACCGUAGUGCUCACAGAUACUCACCAUCUCCGCUCAGUUCACCCAGAUGCCAGUCCCCUUCUUCCAGUGCAGAUUAUAGUAGGGCAUCUACUUCCCGUAUCCGCCCCCCAAGGAGAUCUGUGCAAAGUCCGAUGCAAGACCGGCUGAAGUACGCAAACAGCGAAGAGGAGAUGCGCCACAGCAUGCCCAACCUAGCCAGGACGAGCCUUCGAGCUCUAGAGUCUGUAAGGAGCAGCCGGAGCUUGGAGUCGGACCUGCAGGUGCCAAGCAGUCGACUUUCAAGAAUUCAGCAACCGUCAGCAAGUCUGGCUCCCAGUAAGCUCAGGUAUUCCUCCAGUGCUGGGCAGUCUCCCUUAACAGUGCGACAACCAAUGAAAGCCGGGUCGUGCACAAACUCUCUGUUAACACCCAGGCAGCCGGUAAAAGCCUGCAGUUACACAAAUCCUGUUAGCGGAGUUCGAAAGCCACAGGCUUCUUCGCUUAGCACAGGCUCUUCGAGUAGCAGUUCCGCUACUAGAAGCAGCAACAUGGUCACUGUGGCCAAAAAUUCACCCAUUAAAGCACGCACGUCUGUUGGAGGAUCUUCAGUGCCCAAGAGCAAGCUGACGCCACCGUCCAAGAGAUUUCUUCAAUCAGCAAAGACCACUCAGAACACUGUGGACGACUCCUGGAAGGAUGGGUGUUACUGACACAACCCAAAAUGCCGAUGCACUGCUAAACCCCUCUGUGAAGCAGAACCCCAGCUGGCUGGGCUUGGAGAACAUUAUUUUAAAACAAUCCUCUAUGUGAGAGACCCAUCACUUUGGGACUGAUGUGUAUAGUUCCUCUCCUCUUGAACGCAAACUAUUCUCGCCUUCCACUACUCUGUCAAGAGCCUGUCCUGAGCGGUGGAACACACAACUGCUUUACCAUGUUCCCGCCGUUCAAAACAUUACUGAAAUACAAGUCUUCGCAUGAAGACUGAAAAGAGCCUUAUUUCAUAUCAACCUCUAUUUGCAGCCCUUUGGAAGGCCUGUUACAAAAAAGCUUCUUAUGAACUGCUCCGGAGGAUGCUUGCUUAGAAAGGCUGCUGGUUGCCCUGCUUGCGCCAGAAAGCAGCUUUGAGCCACUGCUGUGGCGCGUUACAUGGCGGUGGCCUGGGGAGACUAGAAAUAGCUGUAUAGGUGUUAGAAGUCAGACUUUUUAACUUCAACCUGGUGUAUUCUAUUUGUCUGAAACAACUUUUUUUUUUACUUCUGUAUAGAAUGUAUUUCUGCUAAUUUUUAUUGUUUGUUCUAGGAAAUGAAGCAGGUUUUUAUAACUGUAGCAUACUUCAAGCUGUUGUAUUCAAGUGUGUGCAUCACAGUUCACAAGUGAAGGAGCAGUACACAAUAUUUGUGUGGGUUUGUGAACAGGCAGUUGCAGGGACGGGAUGCUAUUUGAAAACUGCUGUUUAUCAGCAUCUUCAUAUCUCAUAUGAGGAAGUUAACAAACACCAGUUACAAGUAAACUUUUAAAAAAAUAGCUCCCACUGACUGAUUUGACUUGAAGUGGUUCCCUUUGAUCUUACAACUAGCCCCUAACUGCCCUCAUUUUUGUAGAAGAGUUUUCUACCGUCUCUUUGGCUAUGAAGGAUUCUGUUUCAAUGUCCUUUUCCUCAGCAAGUGCUGGAGGCUACGACUACAGUCUUAGUACACAAAAUAUGCACUGAUAGCAAUGUUCUCCCUGCCAUCAAUGUGAUUUUGAUAGUGUAGUUUAAUAAAAUGUUAUGGUGCUGAAAUAGAUCUGCCUUACUCAAA